GUAUUUGAUAAAAGUGUUGUUCCCUUAACCUCCAAUCGCCUAAAACUUUACAAAAUUGGGUGAAAGGUCAAGUGAAGUAGUAAGUUAUAGUAUAUUUAUCUAAUUUCAACAUGUUUUCCACUAAAGUUGGAGCUGUGGCGAGGAAUAUAGCCACCUCUGCUGCUAUGCAGUACAAGAAACCCAUACAUGGUCCCGGAUCGAACAUCCCUUUCAGGAUCGAUAACCCUUGGAGACUAGUGGCUGUAUUUACUGUUUACUGUGGAACUGGGUUUGCCAUCCCGUACCUCAUCGUCCGUCACCAGCUUCUGAAAUAAAUAACUCCAUCACACAGUAAUUCUAGUGUGUAAAAUGUAGGCUAAAGAUAAUUUACAAGUCAACAAUUCCUUUGAGAUCACCAAUAUGAACGGAACCUCAACGUUCCUCAUCAAAAUUUUCUUUAUUUGAUACUGAAAUACCAAACCUGCAGAUCACUUGUUUUCAACCCUUUUUGUUAAUUUUACCUGUAAGUAUGUGUUGUCAUUAAGAAAAAUAAAUUGAAUUAAGGAAAAAA